AUGUCCGCCAGUGGCGCGCUGCGUUGCCUACACGUGAGCGGCUUUCCUCGCGCACCCGCGUCUGUAUUGUCCGAUGAGGAGAUUGGUGCUUUGUUGCUGUCCCAUUUGGCGGUGCACAACAUCGACAGCACUGCAGGGACUGUACUACCAGACGAGGAGGCCAGUGGUACUGAAGCUGCACCAAGUAAACCGGAAUCACACGAAUCGCAUCCCUCGCCACCUUCGAGCACAACCUGCUCAAGAACCGCCGCGCUCUCACAACAAGAGCAGCACUGGCAGGACCACUUCGACCUGCGUGUGGUGCGGGACCGCGAGACUACUGCGUGCAAGGGCUACGCGUUCGUCACACUGCUCGGGAAAACCGAUGAGGAGCAGGAGCGAUUUCGAAACUGUGUGAACGAAAUAUCUGGGAGGAAAUAUUUGAGCAAGUCAAACAACAACAAGAAGAUGACAGGAGAUCACACGGCGGGGGCCGCAUCUUUAUCAGAGAACGAGCGAGUCAGCCCUGAGGAUGCAUCCAAGCCUGCGGAGGAGGUACGCGAAUAUACUACUGCUGAAGAAGAAGAAGACGCCCUGCAGCUGACUCUUCGAGCUGAGUGGUCCGAGCCGAAGACGAAUAAGGCUGCGAGCGGUAGUGGUGGGAACAAAUCGGAAAAAAGUUCUGGUCGCGGAGACCACAAGGGUCGGAACGAUCAUCUCCCGGACCUGCGCAUCGGGCGAAAGAAGUAUCCGUCUAAAGCGAAACACGCUGACAGCGUGACGUGUUCCGACAAAUCGAAGGUAACAUUGGACGCGAAGGGCUAUGUGAAAUACGUGGGCGACAGAGGUGUAAAAAUCCCUAAAGGUGGUGGUAUUACGUCUAACGCUCGAGGAGGAGGGUCGUAA